AUGACGGCCCAGGGCCAGUCGACUGCGGGGUCAUCGCCUAUGAUCGCUGUGUUCCGCCAUGUGCGGUAUGAGAACCUGGUGGCGGGCGUGAGUGGCGGCGUCCUCUCCAACCUGGCGCUGCAUCCGCUGGACCUCGUGAAGAUACGCUUCGCCGUGAGUGAUGGACUGGAACUCAGACCCAAAUAUAAUGGAAUUGUACAUUGUUUGACCACAAUUUGGAAAGUUGAUGGAUUACGAGGCCUUUAUCAAGGAGUAACCCCAAAUGUAUGGGGUGCAGGUUUAUCCUGGGGACUCUAUUUUUUCUUCUAUAAUGCCAUUAAAUCAUAUAAGACAGAGGGGAGAACAGAACGACUAGAUGCAACAGAAUACCUCAUUUCAGCUGCUGAAGCUGGGGCCAUGACCCUCUGUAUCACAAACCCAUUGUGGGUCACAAAGACUCGACUUAUGUUACAGUAUAAUGUUGUUAGUAAUUCAGAGAGGCAGUACAAAGGAAUGAUAGAUACACUUGUGAAGAUAUAUAAAUAUGAAGGUGUGCGUGGAUUGUACAAGGGAUUUCUGCCUGGGCUGUUUGGAACAUCACAUGGAGCACUUCAGUUCAUGGCAUAUGAAUUGCUGAAAUUGAAGUACAAUACACAUGUCAGUAGAUUACCAGAUGAACAGUUGAGCACAAUAGAAUAUAUAUCAAUUGCAGCACUGUCAAAAAUAUUUGCUGUGGCAGCAACAUACCCAUAUCAAGUAGUGAGAGCCCGACUUCAAGAUCAACACAUUUUUUACAAGGGUGUGCUUGAUGUAAUCAUAAGGACGUGGAGGAAAGAAGGCAUUAUUGGAUUUUACAAAGGAAUUGUCCCUAAUUUGAUUAGAGUGACUCCAGCCUGCUGUAUUACCUUUGUAGUUUAUGAAAAUGUCUCUCAUUUUUUACUUGGCCUUAGAGGAGAAGAAGAGUAAGUUUAAGGAAGAUAACAGAAAUAUCUGCUACAGAAGCAAAGUAUCCCUUAGUACUUGAAAACAAAACAUGAAAGAAAAUAGUGCAAAGAAACAUUAGUCAUGAUUCAAAUCAACCUCUAACCAUUAGAAGUCAAAGAACUGAUGAAUCCUUACCCAUUUUCUGCUUUUGCUAUCUCAUUUAUCUAUGUGACUUGGCUGCCUUUGCCUAGAAUAGCUGCCAUCAAAACAAUAUUAAAACUGACAUGAAGUGUAUAGCUCAGUGAAUUUGUCCAUUUCGUUGUUCAAAUAGAAGCCAAUUUUGCAACAUUUGUCUAGUGGAUUAGAUGGAUUUGCCUUUAUUACUAAACUGAACUGUGGGGAUUGGUUUUUAAAAUCGACUUUUGUGCAAUAAUAAUAAGUCCUCCUUGCAAAGAUUCAUGGUGGCACAUAUGUAAUAGUUUAUUUUAAAGGAUUGAUUUCAAACUUUAGAAUGUUUGCUGAAAUAAGCACCUAAACCCGGAGUAUAUCAGAAUCAGUGGACAGUGAAACAAGCAUUCACUGGUGAUAUACUUUAAUCUUGGGUCAGUUUGCACUCUGGUGAGAUUCUAUUCUUCUUUCAGGAUUAGGGCAUGGGUGGAUUUGUUAUCUACUAUAAUAGCAUUUUCCCCCUAUGCUUUAAAGUUUAAUUCUGGAUCUAAGUUUUCUGAAUACUGGCAUUGAAUAUAUUUGUGAUUUUGCAAACCUCAUCAUGGUCCAGGAUUAAGAGUAUCUCAGUCUUGAUUUAACAUUUUAUAUACCAUUUAAUAGAGAUGCUUGCAGAGUCUGUGGGGAGAUUCAGAAAUGCUUGGUUAUGUUACUGGCCAGUUGGAUUAUAUGUAAACUGGGGAAACAAUCUUCCUACUUACAAUUGUAAUUUUGGGAUACCUGGGUAUCCCACUGGUUGGUCAAAUUCAUAUUGUACCCUAUGCCCAUUAUUGUUGAUUUUAUUUUUAUGUGGCAUUGCAGGAGUGGCUUAAUUAAAAGGAUCUUCCCCUUCCCUUUCCCCCUAAAAUGUUGACUUAGUCAUUAUAUUCUUAUUUAUCAUAAAUACCUAUGAUUGCUAUUGCACUCCCAUCUGUUUCUUGUAAAUAAAACAUUGCAAUUUUCA